GCCAAGGCCUCUUCAACUUCGAAGGUAUUAUCCGCAUCAAUUGAUUAUUAUCCGCAUCACCAGAUCCCACCCACUACACAACUCCCAAAUAAUUUAUUUACAAAGAGCCAAUUCAACGGCAAUAUGAACCCAACCAUGGCGCAGUAUCAGAGUAACUUCCAGAACAACCUCCAGAACAACUUCCCGAGUAACUUCCAGAAUAACGCCACGAUGGCCCCAACAGUGAUCGUGUACGGAAACGUAACCAUCCACAAUCAAGUUAAAGUAUCUAAGCGGGGCAAGAACCGCCAGAGGGCCCGCCAGAAUCGUCAGGACCGCCAGCGCCGACAACGUGCAGAAAGACAGAGACAGCGGCGCCAAAUUCGAAACCUCGUACGGAGACUUAAGGAGAGGGCCAAUAAGAUUAACAAAUUUGAACAGAGUUAUGAGCAGCGGACUGCAGAAGGAGCAAGUUAUAAAUACGAGAUAAAGAGUGAAUCAAGCACGAGGUAAAACUCAGAAAGAAUUUGAAAACUACAAACAAACUAUGCCCCGCGCGCCGCCUCUGACAGCGAAUGAACGCCCCACGACCACCUCGUCGAGCCGCCCCGUAAAGAAUUUGAUUUAUUUGGGAGGAUUUUGGACGUUGUAGAGAAUGCACUUGAGCUCCCCUAAUCCCUCUGCUUUGCUUGCUUGUUUUGCUUGCUUCCAUUUCUUUGGGAUUAAUAGGGUUGCUUGCGCAAUGGGGAGGAUCGCACUGGACAAUAGAUAGAUUCGCUAAGAAAGUUCAAUUAAAAAAAAUGCGUUGUCCACAAUAUCAG